AUGAGACUGUUCGCCGUAGCUCUGUUCGGAGCUGCAGUGUGUUUAGUAAAAGCUCAGCAGAAUAAGGAAGAGAAGGAAUUCAAAUGUCCCAUCGAGCAGGGCAACGGAAACUUCGCUGACCCGGUGACGUGCCGCCGAUUUUAUCAGUGUGUUGAUGGAUUUCCGUACCUAAAUCGCUGCCCAUCCGGCCUGUACUUCGAUGACAUCCAGAAGUACUGCACAUUCAAGGCAGAGGCCAAAUGCGGCCCGCUUGCGGCAACACCGACGGCAACAACCGAAUCUCCGAUCGAUCUGGCGAGAAAGUGUGAUCACAGCGAGUGUCAGCUGCCGUACUGCUACUGCAACAAGGACGGCACGCUGAUCCCGAAGGGUCUGGACCCGGAAGAGACUCCGCAAAUUAUUCUACUGACGUUCGACGGUGCCGUCAACCUAAACAACUAUGAGCACUACCGGAAGGUGUUCAACGGCAAGCGCAAGAACCCGAACGGUUGCGAUAUCAAGGGAACCUUCUUCAUCUCGCACGAGUACAGCAACUACCAGCAAAUUCAAACCCUGGCGAACGACGGACACGAGAUCGCGGUCGAAACCAUCUCGCUGCAGAUGGGCCUGCAGGACAAGGGCUACGAGGAGUGGGUCGGCGAGAUGAUCGGCAUGCGCUCGAUACUGAAGCACUUCUCCAACGUCUCGGCGAACGAGGUGAACGGCAUGCGGGCGCCGUUCCUGAAGCCGGGCCGCAACACGCAGUACAAGGUGAUCGAGGACUUCGGCUUCAUCUACGACAGCUCGAUCAGCGUGCCGCCGAGCCCGAUCCCGGUGUGGCCGUACACGCUCGACUACAAGAUACCGCACGAGUGUAAGAGCGGCACCUGCCCGACCAAAUCGUUCCCCGGCAUCUGGGAGGUGCCGCUCAACGCGCACUUCGUCGAGAGUUACGAGGGUGGCCACUGUCCGUACAUGGACCAGUGCGUGCUGCACAAUCACGACGCGGAGGAGGUGUUCGCCUGGCUGCAGGAGGACUUCGAGCGCUACUACUACCAGAACAAGGCCCCGUACAUGAUGCCGUUCCACACGAACUGGUUCCAGAUCAAGGAACUCGAGAAGGGUCUGCACAAGUUCCUCGACUGGACACAGACGAUGCCGGACAUAUGGUUCGUCACGGUUACGCAAGCCCUGACCUGGAUAACCGACCCGAAGACGAACAAGCAGCUCGGUGGGUACGAACCGUGGAACUGCAAGAGCAAAACGACGCAAACCCCCAAGCCGUGCAACAUCUCCAACAAGUGCGCGCUGGCGUUCAAGGAGCCCACCUCGAACAUCAGCGACACGCGCUACAUGGAGACCUGCUUCGACUGCCCGGCGGUCUACCCGUGGCUGGGCGAUUCGCACGGUUCCGGCAUUCCCGGCCGUGACAACUACAUUGACCAGUCGGAGGGCGGGCCGGGAAGUGCCGCCAGCGGUCGCGAACAAGGCGAAGACGAGGAGUAGUAGCAGCGUGACGGUUAAACGAGCUGCAGCUUACUCCGACAGAUGAGCGAACGUGGGACGCGUGGGACAAAACAGCACGUUCCCGUCUGCGCGCGAAAUAAAAAUCAAAAUUGCUAAAACAGCUCGG